UCCUUCACGCACACAUUCUCCUCCUGCCACUUCCUACCCUCCAACAUUCGUUGAAAUCGUUUUUCUUCCUGGCUCUUCGCCUCCAACUCUCGCUACCUCUUCCUGACCAGCGUUCUUCACCAUACGUCACCCUUGACAACCAUCCUCUCACCAUACAAGCACAUCAUGCAUCUCUCAACACUCGCCGUCGCUCUGUGCGCCGCCUUCCAUGCCGCCACUCCGGCAUUCGCCCAGGGAACAUCAUCCACCACCACCAUCAAGCCGGGCGCAGUCACCAGCAAGAUCGCUCCCCCGAAUCAGACCGCACCGCCCGGCUGUUCGCCAAACUACUCAGGCACCUUCCAGAUCGGCCCGGUCAACGUCUCCUCUUCAUCCAAGCGUGAUCUUUCCGAGCGGAACACCAUGCUGGGGAUCACUCUGGUAGAUGGCGUCCUGACCGAUCCUUACGGUCGCACCGGCUACAUCGCUUCCAACUCGCAAUUCCAGUUCGACGGGCCUCCUCAAGCCGGUGCCAUCUACACCGCCGGCUUUUCCGUCUGCGAAAACGGCUCCUUGGCCUUGGGCAGCGAUGUCACCUGGUACAGCUGUUUGAGCGGCACCUUCUUCAACCUCUACCUCGACUCCAUCGGCGGCCAGUGCGUCGAGAGCUACAUCGUCACCUACCCUGUUGGCGAUGGCUAUCCGCUCCCUGUCACGGCGUCAGCUGGAAGCGCGACCAUUACUUCUACGGGCACAUCAUCGGCCGCAUCAUCCCUCAGCAAUGCCACCAUGACGACUUCUUCUUCCAACAGGACGGCAAGCAUGACACUCCCUAGAACAACAACCACAAGGGCCUCCCGGUCGAUCCAGCUCAGCAGCGAGACUAAUGCCGUCGCCCCCACGUCGGCCUCUGCAGCUUCCUCGCCCACAGCCUCACCAGGCGCUGCGGCUCAUGCUGCUGGUCUUGGACGUGCUAUGCUUGGGCUCGCAGGCGGACUGUUUGCCUUUGCUUUGGUCUAACGAACGAACCGCACGCACUGUUUCCGUUCUCUUCACAUCAGACGAUGAUAUGUAUAUACCUUAACGCACGUCACUCUAAUGAUCACGCCGAGAUGGAUCAUAGACGCCACCGUAGCUCAAUCAUGAGAAAGCAUUCAAAUUCAAAAUAAACUCCAUACUGUAGUCCAGA